AUGGAUCAGCUCCAAGGUCACAACCAGCAGAAGAUGCGCACAGCGCCAGCUGCACCGAGGCGGUACGAUGGGCAGUCGGGUAACCCUCUGUAUGAUCCCGCUAACGGCGGUCACUAUGGUGCCUCUGCUGCUAUCGCUGCGCAAGGCCACGCACCCGACCCACAGCUGUUCACCCAGUCAUGGCAGAAUGUCAACCAGGGCCUGACAGGUAACUAUCGCGACAUCCUCAACACGUACUGGCAACAACAAGUUACGAAGCUCGAGACCGACGAGCACGACUACAAGCUUCACCAACUUCCGCUGGCGCGCAUCAAGAAGGUCAUGAAAGCCGACCCCGAAGUUAAGAUGAUCUCAGCGGAGGCGCCCAUCUUAUUUGCGAAGGGCUGCGACAUCUUCAUUACAGAGCUCACCAUGCGCGCAUGGAUACACGCCGAGGAGAACAAGCGUCGAACGCUUCAGCGAUCUGAUAUUGCGUCCGCACUCAGCAAGUCAGACAUGUUCGACUUCCUCAUCGAUAUCGUUCCACGAGAGGAGGCACACCCUCACAAGAGAGGUGGUGGACAAGGCACUGCUCCUGUGCAGUCAUCGGCGGCGCAAGUACCUCCGGGUGGCAUGCAGCCGCAAGUGCACGCACAACACCAGAUGCCUCCCCCAGACUAUGGAAUGGGCCAACACAUGCAGCCACAAGAGGACUUCCGCCAGCCGAACAUGUACACAGGUGCUGUGCAGGCUGACCCCAACGCCUACGGACAGCAGCACAUGUUCGACCAGGGAGUAUAUGGAGGUUACCCCAUGCCGCAGCAGAUGUACCCCGUUGGCCAGCGAGGACCGGACCCUGCUGGAGCAGGGGAUCACCAAGGCUACCGUGGUGACGCCGAAGCAGAUGCUGAUGCUGAAGGCGAGAGGGAAGACUUUGGCCCUUGA